CCUUUAGAUGAUGAUAUUAAAGGAAUUAUUCAUUAUGCUUAUAAGCAAGCCAUCGUGUUAGCUAGAGACAUUCUUGGAAUGGUGUUAAAUACUCAAAUUCAUGAUUUUGUAGCUUUUCCAAAUGAUGAUAAGGUUGAAGUGGAAAAUGAAAUCGAAGAACAAUCUGCUGAACUUCAAAGAGAUAAGAAUUUACAAAUAACUGAAAGUAUUUUUAUAUCAAUGGCAGCCUCAGAACUCGAAGAAGAAGAAGAUUUCUCUGAUGAGUGUUCGCAAUUAGACUUGAUACUUGAUUCUACCCAGCAAUCUCAGAAUCUUAAU